AACGGGCUACCUUCGCCUCUACGACGACGUCGGCCGCUGCAGUCGUGUAAACGGUUGAUCCCUGCGCAUCUGAUAACAUCCCAAAAACGCGUCGAGUCACUUCCUAAAGGCGCUGCACAUCUUUGCUUUCACCAUCGACCUCUCGCGACGGCGACCAUGGCUUCAGUCGAAAGCAUUACUCAGUCCUUGGCGGGCCUCUCGAUCCAGCCGGCGGCGGCAGUCACUCAUACUGCGACGGACGCGACGAGUUGGCGGGAGACAUUGCAGGCCAGCUCGUCCGCCCCCGCUUCCUUCGAGACUCUGAAGACGAUGGUGUACAAGCCCAAGACCGCCAAAGCAGCGACUCCGGUUCCCCUGGUUAUCAUCGCCCGCGAGAGCACGGAUGUCAACUCUGCGGCCGUGGGCAAGAAGCUCAAUCUGAAGGAAGUGCGGGUCGCGUCGGAGGACCUGCUGAACGAGUUCUUCGCGCUCGACAAAAACUCCCUUUCUCCGCUCAUGCUGACCGCGGAGACGUACCCGAAGGUCGCGACCGUCCUCGACGCCUCGAUCGCCUCGUCCUCAUCCCUCUUCGCCGUUCGCGCACGCUCCUCUACCACUACCCUCUUCUUGUCCGGUAAGGACAUCCUCACAUACCUCCGCACACUAGAGACGCAAGACGCCCCCUUGCAAGAAAUCGAUCUCGAGGCGCUGAAGGUUGACGCAGCCCCUGCGGGCCAGGUGAAGGCCACCCCCGUGAAGAAGGAGAAGGACGAUGCGAAGAUUGAGGGCGCCGUGCAGAUCGCCAUUGGUAUCAAGAAGGAGGUCGACUUCGCGGCCUGGUACACAAAUGUGCUCAUCAAGGCCGACAUGAUGGACUACUAUAACGUGAGCGGGUGCUACAUCCUGCGCCCGUGGUCGUACAGUAUCUGGGAGGUCAUCCAAGAUUGGUUCAAUGUACGGAUACGCGAAAUGGGCGUGCAGAAUGCGUAUUUCCCGAUGUUCGUGUCCGCGAAGGUGCUUGAGCGGGAGAAGGACCAUAUCGAGGGCUUCUCUCCCGAAGUCGCGUGGGUCACCCGAGCGGGACAGUCCGAACUCGAGGAGCCCAUUGCCGUCCGCCCGACGUCAGAGACAGUCAUGUAUCCUUACUACGCGAAAUGGAUCAAGAGCCACCGUGAUCUGCCGCUGAAGCUCAACCAGUGGAACAACGUUGUCCGAUGGGAAUUCAAGAACCCUCAGCCGUUCCUGCGCACACGGGAGUUUCUCUGGCAAGAGGGCCAUACCGCGUUCUUGACCAAGGAGGAGGCCGACAAGGAGGUGCGCGAGAUCUUGGAUCUCUACCGGCAGGUAUACGAAGACCUGCUCGCGGUGCCGGUCAUUCGGGGUGUCAAGUCGGAGAAGGAGAAGUUCGCGGGUGGUCUGUACACGACAACUGUGGAGGGCUUCGUUCCGGCGACCGGCCGUGGCAUCCAGGCGGGCACGUCGCACUGUCUCGGGCAGAACUUCUCUCGCCCGGAGAUGUUCAACAUCUUCGUCGAGGAUCCGAACGAUCCCACAAACCAGACAAAGGCUUACGUCUGGCAGAACUCGUGGGGUCUGUCGACCCGUACUAUCGGUGUGAUGGUCAUGAUCCACGGCGACAACCAAGGCUUGGUCCUGCCGCCCCGCGUGGCGUCCAUCCAAGUUGUCAUCGUCCCGUGUGGUAUCACGGCGAAGACGAGUGACGAGCAGAGGAAAUCGAUCAACUAUAGGUGCGAGGAGCUCGCCAGCGUGCUGAAGAGCGUCGGCGUGAAGGCGAAGGCGGACCUCCGUGAAGGUUACACUCCUGGCUUCAAGUUCAACGACUGGGAACAGAAGGGUGUGCCUCUCCGUCUCGAGAUUGGUCCUGCAGACCUCAAGAAGAGCCAGACCCUCACCGUCCGCCGAGACACUGGAGUAAAAGCGCCGCUCCCUCUCGCAGAAGUCACCUCCGCCGUGCCGAAGCUCCUCGAGACCAUCCAGGCCGACAUGUUCAAGCGUGCGCAGGACACGUACUUCUCUCGUCUCAAGGAGGUGACGCGCUGGGAGGACGUCGUGCCGACGCUCGACGACAAGUGCGUCGUCGUCAUGCCGUGGUGCGAGGAGGAGGCGUGCGAAGACGAUAUCAAGGAGCGCAGCGCGCGGUCGGAUGAACCGCAGGACGAGCGUGCCCCCUCAGCAGGUGCGAAGUCUCUCUGCAUCCCCUUCGAUCAAUCGCGGUGGCCGCCCAUCGAACCGGGCAAAACGAAGUGUGCUGCGUGCGGCAAAGACGCGAAACGGUGGACCAUGUUUGGGCGUUCUUAUUGAGGGGUCUGCAUUUGCGCGUUGCUCGUUGAUAAUACUUUCGAAUGUACUGUAUCAUAGACCCAUUAUCGCUCAACUGCUUUGUGGCACCACCA